AUGGUCGGCUCCUACUCGAAGAAAAGAAAAGUCCAAGAUGGCAUGAAGGGCAAGACUAGCCGCCCGAAGAAGUUUCGCAAGCAAGCCGAAUACCACAGUAGUUCGGAAGACGAGCAGGAGGAGGAUGGCAACUUCGCGGCUGUCAAUCUCGCCGAUUCCGAUGAGGAAAAUGAUGGUGGUGUUCCCGUCACAAAAUCCAAUGCUAUUGAGCUCCCUGCGAAGAGAAAGAAGACCGAAAUUGCACCUGCAUCGAAACCCAAACCCUCAGCCAAGAAAGACUCCAGCGACGAGGAGGAUAAUGAGGACGAACCCGUUGCUGACGACAAUGACAACGAUGCCUCUGGAUCUGAUGAUGACGACGAGUACCUUUCAGACGCUUCUCUUCCAGACGCGGGUGGCAAACGCCGAGCUGUCCCCAAGCGCAACGAUCCCACUGCCUUCUCAACUUCGAUCUCCAAAAUUCUGGCUACCAAGCUUUCAUCAUCUGCCCGCGCCGAUCCUGUGCUGUCCCGAAGCAGAGACGCUGAAUAUAAAUCCAAUGAGGCCGCCAACGAGAAGCUCGACAAUGCUGCCCGAGCCAAGAUGCGCGCAGACAAGAAGGAAGAAUUGGACCGUGGUCGCGUGCGUGACGUGAUGGGAAUUGAACGAGGAGCUUCUGGUGCAGUAGCGGAGGAUGAGAAGCGGCUACGCAAGAUGGCCCAGCGUGGUGUUGUGAAGCUGUUCAAUGCUGUCCGUGCCGCCCAAGUUCGGGGUGAGGAGGCAGCCAAGGAUGAACGCAAGAAGGGAACCGUCGGUAUGGGAGAGCGGGAGAAGGCCGUCAAUGAGGUCAGCAAGCAAGGAUUCCUUGAGCUGAUUAACGGCAAGAAGGGAAAGCCCUUGAACAUUGAGGAAGCUUAA